AUGGUAAUUCUUAGGUUUAUUUUGGUACAAAAUCGACAAGGAAAGACACGAUUGGCGAAAUGGUACGUUCCAUAUGAAGAUGAAGAAAAAGUGAAACUUAAAGGUGAAGUCCAUCGAUUGAUCGCACCAAGAGAUCAAAAACAUCAAAGUAAUUUUGUGGAGUUUCGUAAUUACAAGAUAGUUUAUCGUCGAUAUGCUGGGUUAUUCUUUUGUGUAUGUGUGGAUGCCAAUGAUAAUGAAUUAUCCUAUUUGGAAGCUAUUCAUUUUUUUGUAGAAGUAUUGGAUGCUUUCUUUGGAAAUGUAUGUGAAUUAGAUUUAGUUUUCAAUUUUUAUAAGGUAUAUGCUAUAUUGGAUGAAGUCUUUUUAGCUGGAGAAGUAGAAGAAACAAGUAAAAAUAUAGUUUUGACAAGAUUAGAUCAUUUAGAUAAAUUAGAAUAGAUUAUAUAUAUAUAGAUACCUUUUUGUAAAUAAAUAAAUAAUAAUAAUAAAAAAAA